AUGCUCAACCAAAGGGAAAUGCGCCAAGCGCGGCACACGGACUUGGCGGGCGUUGGGGCCUUGACAAGGAAGCUUCUCCUGGCGAAGACUCCGCUUGGUGUCUUGGACAGUGACGAUGUGGCCGACUCUUACGCGACGUGGGUCAGUUCGAGGUCUCUGACCUUGAUCCAAGCUGGUAUCCUUGCAACCAUCACAGAAUUUAUCGGUGCCAUUGCCCUUGGACAACAGGUCACCUCCACCAUCCGCGGCGGUGUCAUCUCCAUCGACCGCUUCCUCGACUCGCCUGGAGUCUGA